UAAUGAGUGAGAAAAAGUAAAAAAGAAAAUAGAAUGAUAAAGAAGAUGGAGAAUGGAAAUGCUUAGAGUGUUGCAAAUCCUAUCUUUCAUAUCCAGCUUUCUAUACUCAUUGUAAAACAAAACAUGAUUCGAAAUGGCCUAAGUAAUAUAGUACUCCAAGACCAUUAGAAGAGAUAAAACGUGAUAAAACUAAACCUAGAGUAAAUAAUAAUUGAAAUAAUAGACAAAUAUGGAUGAGUAAAAAUAACAUGAAAAGGAGGAUUAAAUCUUUGAAUUUUUGGGUAAAUUAGGGUAAAGUAAUGAAGAAGAGGAUUCAUCAAAUAAUUGUAUUAGACAUUAUUUAAAACAACCAAUUGAUCCAAUAAAAUCAUUAAAUGAGGAUCUAUUUUAAGGAACAAAUUAUUUAAACAUUUAUUAAUCAGUGUUAAAAGAGUUGGAAGAAUUAAAUAAAAAAGUUCUUGAUUAGGAAGCAAUUUGGGAUUUUAAAGAUCCUCUUACAUUAACAAAUGAAUUGGAAGAAUUCACUUUUUCAAAUUUGAAAGGAAUAUUUCAUUAACUUGAUGGUCAAUUAAAUGUAGUUAAUGUAACAGCAAUUUUUAUGGGAUGGUUAAGUAGACAUCUUAAAAAAAAUGCAUAUUAAGAUAUCUCAAUAAUUAGCAUAAUUACAGCAUAUUUCUUUUAAAAUUAUCAAUCUUUAAAAUCUUAAGAAGUAAACACUGAAGGAAAGUUAGAUUUAAUGUCAUUAGAUUAAAAUGAAGCUUAACAUGAUGAUUAACGUAAAAAGUAAUAGGAAUAUUGCAAGAUAGAUAAAUAAAAUGAUACAGAUCUAAAGAAAGAAGUCUUAUCUUAGAUGAAUAAUUAUUUGGUAUAUAAUUGAGUAUUAUAAUGAUAGAAAAAAGAGUACCAUAAAUUUUAAAAUUAAGUAUCAUAUAUAAGAACAGCAGACAUAGCCUAAGCAUUCUUUUGUUUAUUAAUAGAUUGGAUAGAAGCAUAUUCUGAUCUAGAAGAUUAUGUAGAGAAAGGAAAGGAAGUUUAAUAGGAAAAAUAACAAUAGUAAAAGUUAGAUGAAAAAGGAGAAUGAUCUAUAAAAAAAUCAUAUAAUAUAAUGC